UCGUUGCAAAACGAUCCUCCAAAAGGGAUUGGACUGGCAUGAAUGAAAGCACAGACCAGUUACCAGCUGCACACAAGGAUUAACUAACUGAAAACUUGAUUGAAGAUGUAGUUGUAAUUCUUUCUUGUCCUAUAUUUCUUCUUAUAUAAUAACUAUAUGUACUGGGUGUGAAAUUAAUGUACAUGCAUUGAGGUGCAUAAAUUUGUUGCGCGCGGACGGAAUACUGGUUUGAUCUGGAGUAGCUGCGGACAAAUUCAGAUCCGCAUGUACCGUACACUAGAAUCCAUCCUGCAACGUACUCUGCAUCGAUCGUCGGUGACCUGGCCUGGCCGGAUUGCUUCCGUGUGCAUGCCUUUUCAAACACCUACUAUAUGUAUGAGUAUGACGACACCUCACCUUCUUCAGAUAGCGAUACAUUAUAUACGCUUGCAUUAUAUUCGAUCAGCUACCACGAUGAGCGUGCCGCCGCCGAGCCCUGCAAGUAGAACGACGACGAUGAGGAGGCCGUUCGCCGCCGGGCACGUGCGGUCGGCCAGCGUGCCGUGCCACUCGCACCCGCUGCUGACGCACGUCGACGACCAGCUGCUCGCGCUGCGCUCAUGGACCUCCAACCCGGGCCCGAACCCGCUCUCGCUCGCCCACGUCAGGGCGCUGCUCUGCGUCCUCGACGAGCUGCUCCUCCACCUCCCCCUCGCCGCCUCCACCGACCGCCUCCUCCACGGCUUCCUCCUCCUCGCCGACGCCUUCGGCACCUUCCUUUCCGCGCUCCUCGCCCUCAGGCAGCACGCCGCCGAGCUCCACGCCGCCGUGCGCCGCCGCGACCACCCCAAGAUCGCCUCCGCCGCGCGCGCCCAGCGCCAGCUCGACAAGGACCUCGCCCACCUCGCCGCCGCCGUCGCGCGCGACGCCUCCAGGUGCGCGCGCGCCACCACCACCGUGCCAUCCUGCGACAGCCACCACGGCGCCGGAGCAACAGAGCUCGAGGUCGCCAGGACGGUGGCCGAGGCCAUCAACGACACCGCCGUGGCGUCCGCGUCCGUCUUCAUGGAGGUCGCCUCCCUCGCCGACGCCGCGGCGGCUGCGGCCGCGGCUCCCGCCACGAAGAAGAGGCUGCCGCCAUUGAUGCACUCGUCGUCGAGGAGCAAGAACAAGCAGGCGAGCUACGAGGAGAAGAGGGAGGCAAUGGCGCUGGAGAAGCUCAAGCAGCUGGAGCAGUGCAUCGGGGAGCUGGAGAGCGAGAGCGAGAAGGUGUUCAGGAGUCUAAUUCAGGCUAGGGUUUCACUGCUCAACAUUCACACACCAACAUUUUAAUUAAUCACACAUAUUGAUAUUGGUGCCCAGCCAAACAAAUUAAACCAAUAAAGCUGGCUACCAAUAACUUAUAUAAUCAAGGGACUAAUUAAUUUUAGGUCUUAACCAAUGUUCAUGGGUAAAGCUAAUAUGCUUAAAUAUAGGUGUGAUUACUGCAAUAAUGUUAGAAAUUCUUUUAGGCAAAUUAAGUCAGCAGUUCUUCCAAGAUGCAUGUUUUUGUCUUUGGGUGAUGGAACGUGUGAUUGCUUGCUAUGAACCUCUAUGAUCACAAGAUCGGUAAAUCACAGCGCAUGAAAAUGUGCAAUUGCUCAUCAUGCACGCAUGCUUCAAUGGAACAAACUAGCCAUGCAUCUUUUUACUCUGUUA